GAGAAGCACGAAGAGAAACUGGUCAUGCUCACCAAUCAGUCAGAAGAUUCUGAAAGAUGUGAAAGCAUGGAGCUGGAUAAUAAAAUCCGCGAUCUGAUUGAGAGGAAUGUUUCUGAUCCCAGAGGGGUCACCGUGGGGGCCAUGCCGAGUCACAGAAGUCCGUGUUCUGUGAAGCCUCCAGGAAAAACAGCUUCCGUGGCACAUUUCCUACAGAGCACAACUAGAAUGAGUGGUGCAGAAAGUUCUACGGAGCAUGCAGAGUGUGCUCAGUCAUCGAGAAGAAAGAACUUAAAUUCUCUUGAACAAAAGAUAAGGUGCCUGGAAAAACAGAGAAAAGAGCUCCUGGACGUUAACCAGCAAUGGGAUCUGCAAUUUAGAAGCAUGAAAGAGUUAUAUGAAAGAAAGGUCGCAGAGCUGAAAACGAAACUGGACGCUGCGGAAAGAUUCCCGAGCACGCUGGAGAAGGAGCCGCUGCAGAGCCAGAGCGAGAGCGAGCAGCAGCGCGACCAGACGCGCGAGCGGCUGCGGCGCCAGGAGAAGGAGAAGGAGAGCCUAAAUGAAGAACUACAUGAAUUGAAGAAAGAGAAUAAGCUUUUGAAGGAAAAAAAUGCUCUCGCGAACCAGAAGAAGCAACAUUAUGAAUGUGAAAUAAAACGUCUCAAUAAGGCCCUUCAGGAUGCCUUGAAGGUGGAGUGUUCUUCACCUCCUGAGGACUGUUUGGGGAAGUCUGAAAUGGAGUGCAGCCAUGAGGAGAUGAGAACAGAAAUGGAAGUUCUCAAACAGCAGGUGCAAAUAUAUGAAGAAGACUUCAAAAAGGAGCGAUCAGACCGAGAAAGACUGAAUCAAGAAAAAGAAGAGCUACAGAAAAUUAAUCAAACUUCACAAUCCCAGUUGAACAGGCUGAAUUCUCAGAUAAAAGCUUGUCAGAUGGAGAAAGAAAAACUAGAAAGGCAAUUAAAACAGAUGUUUUUCCCAACCUGUAACUGUGGCUGGAAUUUCCACCUGCGGGAUCCAUGCCUACCGACAGGCCCUGGGGCUGUGCAGGAUCUACAGAUGCACCCAGCAGACCAUCAGUGGUAUGCUCCUGACCCGUUUCCGCCAGAUGUGCAGCACAAGGCGAAUGGUUUCUCCUCAGAAAAGAAAGCCAAUCAGUAGAAGCACACGUGGCGGAGGAGCACACAGGCUGAGUGAGAGCCUGGCCGAGGGCCCUUG